AUAUUUAUCCAAUUGGAAUGAUAAAAAUAAACGCCUAAAUUCAAUUUUAUCAUUCAGUACCGUCGCGACAAGUGGAAAGAAAUCUUUGAUUAAAUAUCAGGAAUAAGGUGAAGAAAAAUGUGCAAAAUAUAAUUUGAUUUAAUUGGUGAAUGUUUCUAUUGCAAAAAUUUGUUAUAUAAUUAAUACUAUUUGAAAUUGAAAAGCACAAUAAAAAAUUCGGAGAAAGUGGUAUAAAGAUGCGUUUCUUGAUCUUAUUCCUUUUGGUGGAAAUUUCAUCUCCUUCCGUGUAUGGUAUUCCUGUACAGCAUUAUCCAACUAUAGAAACACAAAUAGAGGCCCCACCAACUGAAAGGCAAUUAUCUGUAUCAGAAGACCAGCCACAGGAAGAGACUCAGCCAGAAUCUCAGCGUCAACCCCAGCCUAAAUCUCAACAGUCAGAAAGCUUGAAUGAAUCAGUUUUUCUUGAUAGAACCAACGUAAAGACUUUCGUCGAAGUUACUGGAAAUGUCAUUGAAACUGGCGUAAAAACUGCUGGCAAUGUCGUAUCUAGAUUAUUCAGUGUUCUGGGUAAUCUCUUCGGUUAAGUGAAAAUUAAUGCAUUAACCGUCUUGAUGUGAAUUCAAAAGAAAUCUUAUCUCUCCAAUUAAAAAAAAUUGUUUUACUGCCAUAAACUGAUAUGUUGGGAAAUAGGUGGUUAUCUCAAAGCAAGACCUAUUCGGCGGAUAUUGUAAGAAUUAUUCGGGGUUAACUGGUUAUUUGAAUUCUUCAGGGUUAACCGCAGAACACAUUACUUGAGAAUUUUCUUCGCCAAUUAUUCGGUUUAUUCAGAAAUAUUCCUUUUGAUAAAAUUUUGAAUGUGAGCAAAACACCCAAAAAAAUCCAUUUUGGUGCUGCAGUAAAGCUUCAAUAGCGACACAUUGAGAUUGAUUGUGGGGGCGAUUAUCAAUUUUCCAUUUGUUGUUUUAUCUCUCUUAUUGCUUCUUGUCCGAUGUUAAUUAAUCUCAGGUAAAUACUUUCAUCAUUAACGUCGGCAUAUCUCUCUCGAUUGGUGGCGGUAUUUACAACGUAUCAUACCAACCAGGUAUUUAGUAUCACGACAAAUCUUUCUCAGUGUAGUCGUUCUUCUGUGAGCAAGUCUCAAAGGUUGAGAUUCUGCCAAGUAUAUUUAAGUACUUCGCCAUUGAACCAUGAAGUGCGGACGUGCCUACGAGAUUCUGCGUAGGAAGAAGCCUCUCGCUGAGACUGUUGAUGCCACCACAAAGCUUGCUAAGGUUCUCUCCACCCUUGACCUAUCUGCCCUUGGAAUUGGCAGUACCCUCGGCGUGGGUGUCUAUGUGCUCGCUGGUGAGGUCAGUAAGACAACCGCCGGCCCAGCUGUGGUCAUUAGCUUUGCCAUUGCGGCCGUUGCAUCGGUUUUUGCUGGGCUAUGCUAUGCGGAAUUCGGAGCACGUGUCCCAAAAGCAGGAUCAGCCUACAUAUAUAGCUAUGUGACUAUUGGGGAAUUUAUUGCUUUUGUUAUUGGAUGGAAUUUAGUGUUGGAGUAUGCAAUUGGUGCUGCAAGUGUGGUUAAAGGACUCAGUACGUACUUGGACUCUUUGAUUGAUCACGCCAUGAGUGAUGCCUUCAAAUCAAUCGCAUCAAUGAAUGCUAGUGCUUUGGGCGAUUAUGUGGAUUUCUUCGCAUUCACAGCAACAAUGACCUUUGCCAUUGCUCUGUCGCUAGGAGUCAGGGAGUCCGUGGUCAUUAACAACAUCUUCACGCUCGUGAAUCUCGCCGUUGUCUUGUACACCGUUGUUACAGGAGCAUUUCGUGCUGAUCCCGCCAAUUGGAGUAUUCCACAGGAAGAUGUUCCCACGACGGAGGAUCAAGAUUUCGGUGAGGGUGGUUUUGCACCCUAUGGCUUUGCGGGUAUAAUUAAGGGUGCAGCAAUUUGUUUCUACGGCUUCAUUGGCUUUGACUGCAUUGCAACAGCCAGCGAGGAAGCUCGCAAUCCCAAGAGAUCCAUCCCACUCUCAAUAAUCAUCUCACUGAGUGUCAUCUUCGUGGCGUACUUCAGCAUCUCAACAGUUUUAACCAUGAUGCUGCCCUACUUCGAACAGGACGUUAAUGCACCCCUGCCACAUGUCUUCCGAGUUUACGGCUGGACCGUAGCGCAGUACAUCGUGAGCAUUGGCGCCAUCUUUGGGCUAUGUGCAAGCUUAAUGGGAUCAAUGUUCCCACUACCACGCGUCAUCUAUGCCAUGUCCAUCGAUGGUUUGAUUUUUGAAUUUAUGGGACGUGUCCAUCCGCGCUUCAAGACACCCAUGAUCGGGACUCUAAUUGCUGGAUUCCUCACAGGGACACUUGCGGCAAUUUUCAAUUUAGAUCAAUUAGUUUCAAUGAUGUCAAUUGGAACACUCCUUGCAUAUUCUAUGGUAGCUGGAUGCGUCCUUCUCUUGCGCUAUGAAGUUGACGAUCAAUCUACUAAGAACUCUUCAUUUUCACUUCGACAAUUACUUAACAUGGAUCAUCAGGAAGUUCCCACAAAAACCACAUCAGCCCUUGUUACAUGGGCAGUUACGAUCUACUGCAUCUGGUGCUUGGGACUGUCUUUAGUCAUAACACAGCUUGAAGGCUUUAUAGAUCAGUGGUAUUCAAUCUUCCUGCUAUGCUUAUUUGCUGUUCUGAUCAUCCUGACCCUCUUCAUGAUCAGCCGUCAACCACAAUCAAGAACGGAGAUUGUCUUCACUGUACCCUUCGUCCCGUGGCUCCCUGGACUUUCCAUACUCAUCAACAUCUACCUCAUGACACAGCUAGACUGGAUGACGUGGAUUAGGUUUGGAAUAUGGAUCAUUAUUGGCUUGAUCAUCUACUUCUCCUACGGCAUGUGGCAUAGUGAGUUACGUCUGAAGGCAGGGCCGUGCAGUAGUGCAACAAAUAGUCGAAGCAAUCUCGUAUCAGAUGACAAAUCCUUCGAAGGUUUUGGAAAGGAUGAUGGAACACUAGCGACGAGACUGUGAGAAAAUAAAUCUCCCUCACAUUCCAA